AUGAGGCAAGAAGGGAAAUGUUGGGAGGCCCAGGCUGGUGUGGUGGAGGACUUUAACCAUGAGGAACGCUGCAAGGACUCCCUGUACAUGGGCACUCCACCUCGAGGCUACCUCGGCAACUCCUUUAAGAAGAUCUGUCAACGGUAUGAGGACCAACCCCGCUAUGUCACCCUGUAUGACCCCCAUAUACGCAUCCCAGUCUAUUCUGCCUAUACGUUCAAGAAGUCAGAUGGGGAGAAGAAAGUGGACUUCCCCUGGAUGUUUGAGCCCCAGUUGGCCUCAGAAAAGGGCAGCAAUAACAUGAAGCCCUUCCCACAAUCUUCAAACAUGCAUAUGAACUUUGAGGACACCCAAGCAGUCCUUGAGGACUAUGCAGAUGUGGUUCAAUAUGAACGUGGCCAACUAAAUCCCGACGAGCAUCAGGCUGACCCUCUAGACAAAGCCGCCACCUACACUUUGACGAACGUGGUGCCUCAGAGCAGGGAGUUCAACAUAGGUCCCUGGACAGAACACCAGGAGCUACUCCGCAAACGCCUUAACAACUACUGCCGAGGCAAAGCCUUUGUGGUAACCGGGGUGACCACCUCCGGGCACACGAUCCGUCGAGACAACCUGGACCGGGUCGCUGUACCGGAAUACAUAUGGUCGGCCUACUGCUGCACUGAGUUUGACCAAAACGCACCAUACUUUGUGCGCUACAAGUUCCCAGUGUUCGGGGCUUACGGGCUCAACGGUCAUAUCAACAACCAUGUGGUGGAAGUUCCUCUGAAGAAUCUGGAGAAGUUCCUCAAGGGGAGGAUGGAUGUGGACAAAAACUUCCAGAUUUUCUAUAAGGACUGUGUGCCAGAUAACUAAUAUUGAAUGGUGUGGUUUCUCCUUUAAUCUAAGGUUAGAGUAUAUUAAAAUUUAGAAAUGGCAAGUCAUAAAAUAUAUAUAGAACUGAAUGCUGUUGUCAAAUAAUAUACUGUAAGGGAUAAAUGAUGAACAGCAGAUAAAUAUAUUUAAAAAUGCCUAACAUUAUAUCCCAUAAAACAAAUGCAGCCUGUCUUGUUUAAAAUUAAAAAUGUAGUGACUUAA